CAACCAGAUCUCCAGGGAAUACUUGACUCUAUUGGGAUGGGACAUGAUUGGAACAUUGAAUCACUAGAGUCACUGUUCGAGGAGUCAGUAAAAGGAAUGGCCAAUGCAUCGAUCUACUGUUUCGUCGACGCUUAUAACAUAUGGCAACUUUACGGCCCGAAGAUUAUUGUAUCGUCUGGAUUGCCCCUCUAGAGAUCGAGGCACAGGCUGCUUCGCAUAUGCUGGACCAUAAACUUGCUGGCGGGUUCCCUACUGGCCCUGGGGACGAUUACAUAUUCCAGCAUGGCGAUAUGUGUGGACAUAACGUGGUCAUGGCGACUUUUCCCGCUGGGCAAGAAUACGGAACCUGUUUCGUGCGAAUAAGAACAUAGCUAGGAGAGAUAAUGUCAUCCUCAGUGGCAAUGGGGUUCAAAACGCAGGCCCUGGAACUAUAACGAUCGGUGGAGACGUUGC